AUGCCACUGCUAUCUGAAGCUAUCUGGGAGGCCUUGCAGUGUUCCGUUUGCCUAGAGAUUUGCAAGGAGCCCUAUCGUUUGCCCUGUGAAGACUUUUUCUGCAAAGAACCCUGUCUGCAGGGUUUGCUCAAUUCAGCACGACCAACCUGCCCAGUCUGCAGACUUCCCUUUUCUAGGGUUGAUGUGGAGCGGUUCCGUACCCCCAAUGAUAUCAUAGACCUUAUUCAGAAGCCUACGCAAACCAAUCAGAUGGUUCAAGCGCCCCUGCAGCGGUCGGAGCACUGCUGGAAUACGGGCGAAGUGAUCCAUGAAUCUGUUGUGAGAGAGCCCAUACCAAUAUAA